ACUUCUUCCCUUUGCUCCCAGCAAAUCCAGUUUGCAGAUGACAUGCAGGAGUUCACCAAAUUCCCGACCAAGACGGGCCGGCGCUCCCUGUCCCGCUCCAUCUCCCAGUCUUCCACAGACAGCUACAGCUCUGCUGCAUCCUACACAGACAGCUCCGAUGACGAGGUGUCCCCCCGGGAGAAGCAACAAACCAACUCCAAGGGCAGCAGCAAUUUCUGUGUGAAGAACAUCAAACAGGCCGAGUUCGGGCGCCGGGAGAUCGAGAUCGCGGAGCAAGACAUGUCUGCUCUGAUUUCACUCAGGAAAAGAGCCCAGGGGGAGAAGCCUUUGGCUGGAGCCAAGAUCGUGGGCUGCACCCACAUCACGGCCCAGACCGCGGUGCUCAUCGAGACCCUCUGUGCCCUGGGUGCCCAGUGCCGCUGGGCCGCCUGUAACAUUUACUCCACAAUCCUGGAUGAUGGUGGGGACCUGACCCACUGGGUUUAUAAGAAAUAUCCCAGCGUGUUCAAGAAGAUCCGAGGGAUCGUGGAGGAGAGCGUGACUGGCGUGCACAGGCUGUACCAGCUCUCCAAGGCUGGGAAGUUGUGUGUCCCAGCCAUGAACGUGAACGACUCCGUCACCAAGCAGAAGUUCGACAACCUGUACUGCUGCCGGGAAUCCAUCCUGGAUGGCCUGAAGAGGACCACGGAUGUGAUGUUUGGAGGGAAGCAGGUGGUGGUUUGUGGUUAUGGGGAGAGCCCUUGUCCCUGCCAGAAGGAGCGGAUCCGACCUGGGGAGGGGUUUGGUUUUGCUGUUCCUGCAGGGAACAAGAACGUGGUGACGCGGGAGCACCUGGACCGGAUGAAGAACAGCUGCAUCGUCUGCAACAUGGGCCACUCCAACACCGAGAUCGACGUGACCAGCCUGAGGACCCCCGAGCUGACGUGGGAGCGGGUGCGUUCCCAGGUGGAUCACGUCAUCUGGCCCGAUGGGAAGCGGGUGGUGCUGCUGGCUGAGGGCCGGCUGCUCAACCUGAGCUGCUCCACAGUUCCCACCUUUGUCCUCUCCAUCACAGCCACCACUCAGGCUCUGGCUCUGAUUGAGCUCUACAAUGCUCCCGAGGGCCGCUACAAGCAGGACGUUUACCUGCUGCCCAAGAAGAUGGAUGAGUACGUGGCCAGCCUGCACCUGCCCUCGUUCGACGCCCACCUGACGGAGCUCACGGACGACCAGGCCAAGUACCUGGGGCUCAACAAGAACGGGCCCUUCAAACCCAACUACUACAGAUACUGAUGGACCAUUCCCAGAAGGACCAGACCACACAAGGCAACAUUCGAGAGAUUAUUUUUAAAAAUCAUUUUUAUUUU